AUUUUGGUCUAAUAAACUUAUGGGCAAAUUGUCAGCCUUUAUUUAUUUAUUUGAGUCUAAUAAUUCAAGGCCUUUGUUUAGCCUUUGCUUAGAGUCCAAGAGAGAGUCAGCCUCUUUAUGUUUAGGCCUUAUUGCUUUAGAGUCCAAGAAGAGUCCAUGUUGUUUUUGUUUCAAGUCCCCUAGAAGGGCAUAACUGCGGGUAUUUAAUCCCCACCAUAAGCAGCUUUGUAUUUUUUUUAGUUCAUGAAAUAUAUGAGUUAGUUUGCCCCUAGAGGAAAGAAAACCCUAAGCCUUCUAGUUGUGAGAAACGGCCAGGAGCAAUCUCGGAUCUUAUCAAGCUCUCUUCCAUCCAGCUUGUGGCGAUUCUUCAUUUCCCUUUCAUCCACCGAUCUUGCUUGAGAGAGACACACGUCCAGCAACAAGGAUCCAUCCGCCAUCUCUAUCAAUUCUUCUCUUUUAUUCAUCUUCUUUUCAUCGAGUUUUGCAUCUAAAAAUCUCAUAAAAAUCAUAUCUGUUUCUGUCCAGUAUUUUUCAUUCAGUUUAUAUUCUCUGUUUCCAUUUUAAACUCAAGAAAAACUCAUAAAAAUCUCUCUUUGUUUCAGGUACACGUCGCCGGCCAAUCUCCAUCUAACCGGCCGCCUCUUCAGAUCCGCCUCUAGCCCUGUCCAGACCCCUGCCCACAACAUUUUGGUAUCAGAGCCUAAGGCUCCUGAAACACUCGGUUGAAUCUUCUCUUUUUGUUAUCUUGUUAUCGUUUUUGUGUUCAUCAUUUGUUGCAUUAGAAAAUUUCAAAAAAAAAAGUAUUGCAUUGUUCUUGCUGUUCUUGGCGUGUUCAUCACUGUUCUUGUUGCAUUCUUGUAGAUCAUUUUCGUGCAUCACUUCAGUUAGUCAACCUGUUUCUGUGAUUGAUCGAUUUUACUUUCCUUAUUUGGAGUUUGAUUGAUUAAUUUGCAUUAAUUUGGAUUGGAAUUGCAUAAAUCAUUUAGGAUUGAUUAGUUGCAUUCAUUUCUGAUUAGGAUCUCAUUUAUUCUGAUUAGCUUGCAUUCAUUUUCGGAUUUCAAUCAUCAAUCAAUUUUUAAAAAAAUUCAACUUUCCUUUUCAAAUUUAUUUCGAACUUAAUUUUUUUUAAAAAACUCAACUUUCCUUUUUAAGUUUAAUUCGAAAUUAAUUUUCUAAAAAAAAAAAUCAAUUAUCAUUUGCAAUUAGUUUGAUUGUUUCUUUUUUCUUCUAUUCUUUUAAGUCUUUCUUUCUUUUCUUACUUCAUUCCAAUUCCUUUUGCACUUGAUCUUUUUCUUUCUUGUCUACAGAAAAGACAUGGGAGAUAUCAAUGCUAAUGGUGUCCAAAAUCAGGCUGAUGUUAAUGCCCAACUACAAGCCUUACAAGCCGGACAAGCUCAGCUCACGAAAACUAUGAAUGCUAUGUUCGCCCAACUGAACCGACUGGGACAAGGAAACCGUCCCAAUGCCCGACCGGCUGCAAGGAGAUUCGGCCCUUACCUAGAACGUCCGCAAUCCCAAUCAGAAGGUGAUGACUCCGACUAUGAGCCUCCUGAUCGAGGAGAUGAAGGCCGAGCCGCACGAGGUGGGAGGCGAGAGUAUCGGAUCCAAGGAGAUGGGAGUCCUAUCCGGAGGAGAAAUGGGAGUCCGAACCGGAGAAGAGACGGAAGCCCAAACCAAAGACGAGGUCGAGACCGGGACGAGGAGGACGACCGUCGAGUAGGCAAGGAUCUUAAGUUGAUUCCGCCCACGUUCGCGGGUAAGGUUGAUCCAGACGCCUACAUCACUUGGGAAAAGCGCAUGGAGUAUAUCUUCGACUACUAUAACUACUCUGAAGCAAAGAAUAUAGCUCUGGCCGCGGCCCAACUAACUGAUAAUGCCUUGUCUUGGAGGGACCGAGAUGUUGCUAAGACUGGUCCAACAUAGCGAGCACAAAAUUGGACCGAGAUGCAAACCAAACUCCGAGGCAGGUACAUUCCUUCUUAUUAUCAACGAGAUCUACUGAAACGUUUUCGCAAGUUGUCUCAGGGAACUAAAUCAGUGGAGGAGUACUUUGAGGAGUUCGAGUCUCUCUGGAAUAAACUGGACGUUGAUGAGCCUGAAGCGUCCCUCAUGGCCCAGUUCCUAGAAGGGUUGCACGAUCGGAUCGCUUGCAAGGUAGAACGGCAGCCGUACGAGGACUUCAACGAUUUGCUACACUUUGCCGUUCAAGCCGAGGCCCAUAUCAAAUGCAAGAGCGCGACCACCAGCCAUAGUAAAUCCGCGUGGUCUCAAUCAGCUUCCAAAGGCACUGAUAAGAAAAAGUCCAUUGAAGUGGAAAGCCGGUUCAAGAAGAGCCAGACUGAACAGUCCAAAACUGGACAAACCGAACAGGUUAAGACUCAAGUUCAAAAUCAACGUGUCGUGAUAUUACUUGUUAUAAAUGUCAGGGGAAAGGAAAUUAUGCUCGAGAUUGCUCAAACAAACGAGUAAUGGUCCUCAAAGCUGAUGGAGGGUAUGAAUCACAAGAUGAGGCCGAGUUGGUACUUGAUGCAUCUGAUGAAGAGGUGGUUGAUUACGCUGAGGCCAGUGAACUACUGGUAACCAGACGUUCCCUCAGUGUCCUUUUUGAUCCCGAGACCAUCCAAAGAGAAAACAUCUUUCAUACAAGAUGUAGCGUGGAACAAAAGGUAUGUAGUCUAAUCAUAGAUGGUGGUUCUUGUACUAACGUGGCCAGCAAGUACCUUGUUGAUAAGCUAGGUAUGACCAAAACUCCCCAUCUGCGACCAUACCGACUCAAGUGGCUCAAUGAUAAGACUGAGCUCAAGAUAUUCGAACAAGUUGUUGUGCCCUUCAGAAUUGGUAAGUAUCAUGAUCAGGUCAAGUGCGAUGUUGUCCCCAUGCAAGCCGGCCACAUCCUCCUAGGAUGGCCAUGGCAGUUUGACAAGGAGACUAUCCAUCACGGCCGGACCAACAUCUACAGCUUCACACACAACAACAAGAAGCAUAACCCGGCACCCCUCAGCCCCCAAGAGGUUCAUGACAUGCAGAAAGCAAUGGACCAAGCCGGCAAGGUAAGUAAGGCUAACAUAUACCUUACUUCUGGCCAAGUGCUUAAAUCUUUACACAAUGAGACACAGGUGCUACUAAUGAUCUUUAAGGAAGGUUGUUUUGCAGGGUUUGAGGUCCAAGAGUUACCAUCUGGAAUACAAGAACUCAUGGAACGUUAUAAGGAUGUCUUCCCAGAUGACGUACCAGCCGGGCUACCCCCUAUCCGUGGCAUAGAACACCAGGUCGAUCUCGUGCCAGGGGCGCCUCUACCAAACCGAGCCGCUUACCAUGUUAAUCCUGAAGAAGCCAAGGAGUUGGAAAGGCAGGUCCAAGAGCUCAUGGACAAAGGCUACAUUCGGGAAAGCCUCAGCCCAUGUGCGGUGCCAGUUUUAUUAGUUCCCAAGAAGGACGGUACAUGGCGCAUGUGUGUGGACUGCCGAGCUAUCAACAACAUAACCAUCAAAUAUCGGUACCAAUACCUAGAUUAGAUGAUAUGUUGGAUGAACUAAGUGGAUCUACUGUGUUUUCUAAGAUUGAUCUCAGGAGUGGAUACCACCAAGUUUGCAUGAAGGAAGGUGACGAGUGGAAAACCACCUUCAAGACAAAACAAGGUUUGUAUGAGUGGCUAGUAAUGCCAUUUGGCCUCACCAACGACCCUAGCACCUUCAUGAGGCUCAUGAACCAGGUUUUAAGACCCUACAUCAGUAAGUUUGUGGUCGUGUAUUUUGAUGAUAUAUUGAUUUACAGUCAGUGCUUAUCCGACCAUGUUGAUCAUUUAGAACAGGUGCUGAAAGCUUUGAGGCAAGAAGGACUUUAUGCUAACCUAAAGAAAUGUGUGUUUUGCACUGAUCAAGUUGUAUUUCUAGGUUUUGUUGUGAGUUCGCAGGGACUUAAGGUUGAUGAAGAAAAGAUCAAAGCGAUACAAAAAUGGUCAACACCAACCACGAUCGGACAUGUCCGCAGCUUCCACGGUCUGGCCAGUUUCUAUCGACGAUUUGUCAAGGACUUCAGCACCAUUGCUGCUCCCAUGACAUCCGUGAUCAAGAAGAACGUAUCCUUUAUCUGGGGUCUGGCCCAAGAAGAAUCUUUUAACAAGCUUAAGUUUAGUUUGACUCAUGCACUGGUCCUUACUCUUCCUAACUUCGAUAAGACCUUUGAGAUUGAAUGUGAUGCAUCAGGUACCGGAAUAGGAGCUGUCCUAACCCAGGGAGGCCGGCCAAUAGCCUUCUUUAGUGAGAAAUUGAGUGGAGUUGCCCUCAAUUAUCCCACCUAUGAUAAAGAGCUCUAUGCUCUACUGAGAUCUCUUGAAACUUGGCAACAUUAUCUUUUGUCUAAGGAGUUUGUCAUUCAAACAGAUCAUGAGACCCUUAAACAUUUGAGAGGUCAAACUACACUCAAAAGGAGACAUGCCAGGUGGUUGGAGUUCGUAGAGACAUUUACCUAUGUGAUCAAAUACAAGAAGGGAAAGGACAAUGUCGUGGCCGAUGCCCUAUCCAGGCGCCACACUCUCAUCACCACCAUGGAGGCUAACAUUAUGGGUUUUGAACAUAUUAAGAAUGCUUAUGCUACUACCCUGAUUUUUCAGAACUCUAUUGCAGUACCACCAAGGGCGCUAUAGGACCAUUCUACCAACAUGAUGGGUUCCUGUUCAAGGAGAAAAGGCUUUUCAUGAGGGAAUUACUGACCAGAGAGGCACACGGUGGAGGCAUGAUGGUGCACUUUGGUCGGACCAAAACUCUAGACGUCCUCACCGACCACUUCUAUUGGCCGAGAAUGAGACGAUAUGUUGAGAAUCUAUGCGCCAAAUGCACUGUCUGCCUAAAAACUAAGCCAAGAUCUCCCCUUCAUGGUUUACAUAUGCCUUUACCUAUACCUAACGCACCUUGGAUGGAUAUAUCUAUGGACUUUGUGUUGGGCUUGCCCAAGAUAGAACACAAAGACUCCAUUUUUGUUGUGGUUGACAGGUUUUCCAGGAUAGCACACUUUAUACCACGUGACAAGACUAACGAUGCUAGCAAGACCGCCGAUCUGUUCUUCAAAGAAGUGGUGCGUCUACAUGGAGUACACAGAACCAUUGUGUCCGACCGCGACACAAAGUUCCUCAGCCAUUUUUGGCGGAUGCUGUGGAAGAAACUUGGUACCAAGCUUAUAUUUUCUACCACGUGCCACCCACAGACUGAUGGUCAAACCGAGGUAGUAAACCGUACACUCUCUCAGCUGUUAAGAGCUACGGUGGGUAAGAAUUUAAGGAAUUGGUUGAGUUGCUUUCCUUUCAUUGAAUUUGCUUAUAAUCAUGCAAAGCACUCCAUUACUAACCAAUCCCCUUUUGAGGUUGUUUAUGGCUUUAACCCAGAGAUUCCGUUGGACUUCAAGCCAUUACCACCAGACAUGCAAGUUAGUCAAAUUGGUGCAUCCCGUGCUGAGUUUGUUAAGACGAUGCACCAGCAGGUCAAGUAGACGCUCGAGACAAAGGCCGAGAGGAACCGGGCCAAGCUUAACAAAGGACGUAAGGAAGUCCUUUUCAAACCAGGCGAUUGGGUUUGGUUACAUAUGCGACCAGAGAGGUUCCCUGACGAGAGGAAGUCCAAGUUAGCACCUAGAGGAGAUGGGCCAUUCCUGAUCCUAGAGAAGAUCAAUGACAACACCUACAAGCUCGAGCUACCAGAACCUUCUCAAGAGGGAGGUGAUGUUGUGGUCAACCAAGCUGAGGUUCCCCAAGUCCGCAAGGGCCCUACGACCAGAUCAGGCUCACGGGUCUUAAGAGAUGGUUUCACCAAGAUUGUACAAGAGAUGAUAGAUCAAGGUCUCAAACAGUUGCUGAUCCAAGAGAUGUCCGGAUUAAAGAUUGAAGAUCCGACCAAGCCGAUAGAGGUCCAAGAUCAGUCCGGUUCGACUCAAUUCUCUUCCAUCGUCCAUAACCGAACCGGCCUAAUCAUCUCUACGUUUGAUCUCCUGGUAUAAGACUUAUCCGCCUAGUCCAGAUAAGGCAAGCAUGUAAGAAUUCAUUUAUGAUUUCUAACCGGUUUAUUGUUUUUGAUUUGUGGCUGGUUUUAUUUUAAUUUUGGUUUAAUAAACUCAUGGGCAAAUUGUCAGCCUUUCUUUAUUUAUUUGAGUCUACUAAUUCAAGGCCUUUGUUUAGCCUUUGCUUAGAGUCCAAGAGAGAGUCGGCCCCUUUAUGUUUAGGCCUUAUUGCUUUAGAGUCUAAGAAGAGUCCAUGUUGUUUUUGCUUCAAGUCCCCUUGAAGGGCAUAGCUGCGGGUAUUUAAUCCCCACCAUAAGCAGCUUUGUAUUUUUUUUAGUUCAUGAAAUAUAUGAGUCAGUUUGCCCC